AUGAAUGUAAUGAAUGUGGGAAAGCCUUCAAAGGGAAUACAGACCUUGUUAGACAUCAGAGCCUUCAGUGAAUGCUCAAUUCUUAUUGAACAUCAUAGAAUUCAUACUGGAGAAAAACCCUAUGUAUGCAAUGAAUGUGGGAGAGCCUUUGUCCAGAGCUCAAACCUUAGUCAACAUCAGAGAAUUCAUACUGGAGAAAAACCCUAUGUAUGUAGCCAAUGUGGAAAAGCCUUCAGGCAAAGCACUAAUCUUAUUCAACAUCAGAGAACACAUAAUAAAGAGAAACCCUAUGAAUGUAGUGAAUGUGGGAAAGCUUUCAGACAAAGUUCACAUCUUGGUCAACAUCAGAAAACACAUAACUUUCAACACCAGAUAAUACAUAAUGAGAAACCUUAUAAAUGUAAUGAAUGUGGAAGAGCCUUCAGUCAAAAUGCACACCUCAUUCAACACCAGAGAAUUUACACUGGAGAGAAACCCUAUGAAUGCAGGGAAUGUGGCAAAGUCUUCAGUGCACAAUCCACACUUAUUCAACAUCAUAGAAUUCACACUGGAGAGAAACCUUAUGAAUAUAAUGAAUGUGGGAAAGCCUUCAGGCAGAGAACACAACUUACUGAACAUCAGCGAAUUCAUACUGGGGAAAAACCAUAUGAAUGUAGUGAAUGUGGAAAAGCUUUUAGUCAUAGCUCUAAUCUUAUUCACCAUCAGAGAAUCCACACAAAAGCAUAG